AUUCAUAUUAAUAUUAUAAUGGCAUUUCAAAGAGAGAGAGAGACUUCACAUACACACGUAAGCUGUGACAGUUGAGUCUAUUGAGUAUUUAUUAUGGAUCCAACAUGAACUUGGUACGUUAAGUUGUUAUUGGUUGUCAGUGCUGGGCAAAUGUCAGUUUAAAGUGAAAUAAAAGAGCAGUGGAUGGGUGCAUACUUACUAAAGUAGACUAUGUAAGUGAGGUAACAAUUUCAAAGAGAGAAAAACAGCAUAUAUGCAUAUGUUCCAACAUACGGCUUAAUAUGCUUGAAAUAUGUGUAAAUAAAUGUUCCAGUAGUGAAAUUGCUGUAUUCAUUCACCAGUUACAACUUCAGAAGUACUAAAUAAAAAGUGGGAGUGUAGAUGUGUGAAUGCAAAAUUGUUGAAUGCGCAAAAAUCAAAACAAGCAUUAGCAAAAUAAAUUAAUAGCGCAAAUAAAACUCAAACAAUCCUCCUGUCAUUAAGCGUACAAAUUGUUGAAAACUCCAAUAGAUCCAUAAUUUGGCUGUCCGGUAAUCAGAGGCUAAUAUAAAAAGCCUGCUAACGAUGAAAUAACUAUCACAUAAGCUGAAACAGCAGAUGACGUUUUAGAACCAUCAAUUGUGGCUGUGGUGGGUUCAUGAGUUGGUGUAUAUUUAAGGAUUUGAGGUGGUAAUAGCGAUGGAGUUGUAGCGACGGUAGAAUUGAAAAUGCAGUUAGUAAAGAUGCUGCAACAAAGUCUACUAAUCCAAAAAUGACAGAUGAGCCCAAGCGUAAUAGCCUUAAUAAUGACACUAGUAUCAUUACUCAGAGUGCAGAAAACGGAGUUAGCGGAAAUAAUAUUUAUAUAAACAACAAUAGUGAUCAUCGUCCACAAAUUCAAUUUGAUUCAGAAAGAAAUGAGCGUAUCAUUGUAGAAGCGGCCAAAAUAUUAUUCAAGAAUACUUUGAACGGUACCAAUGCAGAAUCGAGCCCAUACAAUAUUUUACCAAUAAUUGCAACAUAUCAGCCACUACCCUUAUCACCAAUUACUCAAAGCUCUCCGCUAUUUCAGCCACCACCACCUGCUCAUACCGGGCGUUAUACUGUACAACAAGAGCAAGACAGUGGAGAUUUAUUGGCGAUAGCGUCGUCAAAUAGAUCUACUGCGAGAAAUGGUGCUGUUGCAACUUCAACAAAAACAGCAGGCACUAAAGCGGUUAAACAGACAAACCCAUCGACAGCUUUUACCCCGUUGCCAAAAACGACACCGCUGCCAUUUGACUCAAUCUCGGCAACAUUAUCAAAGAAGUAUACAUCGCAACAAAACACUGAUAAAGUCAUGGCCGCAGCUGCGGCACUGGGCUCUGGCUGCACAACAUCCUUAUCGGCUCACCUAGUCAGCGGCGUUAAGGUUUCCGAUAGUGGCGUAAUUGAUUAUACAAUGAAUGCAACAUCUUCAUUGUCGUUGAGUGACAAUAAUAACGCCCAUAGUGGUAAAGAUAGCAGUGACAAAAAUGAAAAAGUUUCUGGUCAUAGCAAUGGUGGCAGUAGCAAUAAUGACAUAGGAAGGAAUCAUUCGUCCGUGAGCAGUGAAAAUGUUGGUGGCAGUUUUGGCGGCCGUUUACAGUUCUUCAAAAACGGAAAGGUCAUAUUGGAAUUAGCGCGGUCAAAGGAAGGCGAAAAAAGUCGUUGGAUUUCGGUUCCACGAAAGAUAUUUCGUGCACCAUCGGCGACGUCAUCUACUGUAACGCCCACAUUAGUCUCUUCAUUAGCGUAUUCCAAGAAUGAAAGUUCAACAUCGCUAAGCUUUUCUGACGACAACAGUUCAAUUCAAUCAUCACCAUGGCAGCGAGAUCACAAUUGGAAGCAACUAUCUCCUCGAAAUGGCAUAUCAAAAGCCAUGUCACUGUGCUAUCAACGGCCCAAGAGUGUAGUUUUGACAAAACCUGCGUUAUUACUCGCUCGGAAAAAACGUCGAAGACCAUAUGAUACGAUUUUGUCAGCUAGUGGAAUGACCCUGUUUGAGAGCCAAAAGAAAAUGGUAGACGGAAAGUUAUGCUCUAAAAGCAUAGAAAUUUCAGAAAAAUCACAAUCGAGCUGUCAGCAGGAAAGAGGUGAAAUAAAAACCGAGAUUAAAAAAGAAAUGAUCGGUGCAAGCAAAAUAGGGAAUGGUAAAUUAGAAACUGCGUUUAUAAAUGAAGAAGAUGGCUGUUCAAGUUCAUCUACAGCAACGUUAACUGGAGAUGAUUGUACAGAUGCUCGAAUGGAGGAUAAGACCCCCACCCCGACACCAACCUCAACACCACAAUCUCCAUGUCAGGAGGAAAAAUCAAUGGUAAUAAGAAAAGAAAUAGCAAAAACAACAUUUGGUUGUCCAAAGGAAGUGACCAAAUCGGCCGAUUUAGAGAAAAUGAAUACCAGUGAAGAUGAGAAUUCAAUAUCUACGAUAACUGAUAACGAAGGUUCCGGGUCGCAGGUGAACGGUAAGACAACGGAUAUUUCCACGGGUACCUCCAAAAUAGUUAAAACAGAUUUGAAAAAUGAAAGUAUUAGUGAAAAAUAUCAUCGUCGAUACGAGAAAAAGCUUCAGAAUCCCAAAAAUCGACUUAAGCUAAAUGCAAUUGUACAAAAGUUGAUAGACAAAGUACCCGAACGCUUAGCACAACUGUCCCGGGUAUCUCAGACAGUUGCAACUACAGGUGUUGGCGGUGCUAAUAAUUCACUUUUGCAUAAGGUUUCACCACCAAGUACAUCAACACCAACGCGUCUAGUAGAAUUCCCACAACAGCAUGUAUCACCGCGGAAACGAAUCCUGCGUGAAUUUGAAAAAGUCUCGUUAGAGGAUACUUCAAGUGUGGCAGGUGGAAAGAGAAGUCGCGCGAAGAGUAAUGCAUCUUCUUCAUCUGCGUCUUCGUUCCGUAGUAUAAAAUCGCCCAAUAAUCGCAAUCAGUGCAGUAAUAAUAGUGGCAGUCCACCUGGUGUAAAUUCAUCAUCUUCCAGUGGGAAUGGCGCCCUUCGAUCCACAGUUACUGCGUAUUCGAAAUCUGAGUCAACGCAUUCGAUAACGACGUCGGCACCUACACGAUUGUACAGUUCAUAUAGUAUACAUUCUUUAUUGGGAGGCAGCGGUGGUUGUAGUAAUACAAUAUCAACUUUAGAGACGACAAAUACGGGCAGCAACAAAAUAAUGAACGAUAAGGGAAUUAUUAGCGGUGCAGGCUAUCAUCAACAACAUCAUCUUACUUCGUCACAGCAACAUUACGGCGAUCCGUCAUAUUUACGUGCAAUGCUUGCCUCACCGAAUUCACCAGAACAGUGCAGUCUGAGCGGGGGCGGCAAAUCACCGUCGACUUCUGCCACAAAAAGACGUUCACCGCCUUAUGCUUCACCCUUACGCGAUGCGCAUAGCGUUAAUGAUAUUGGAGCACUGAAUAAUAAAACGCGCUAUGCCUCCGACCAAGGUGGUGGCCUUGAUGCUACCUCUACAACACAUUCAACCAGUCAUUCUAAUUUGCAUUCGCAGAAGCAGGGAUUCUACUUUCCGUACAUGCCAUUAUCAAAAUAUGUACCUUCGGCGAGCUGUUCCGCCACUACCACAAUCUCCUCUAUAUCCCCAAAUUCCUGCGGUACUGGCGAGGCUCGAUCACCGCGUCACCCUUCAGCAUUUAGUAGAACAUCUUCACCAGCGUCAAUAUCUACAAACAUUCCAGUUAAUCAUUCUGCUUCCAGUUCAAUUGGCAACAGUCGAGAAAACUCGCCGCCUACGUCGCGGGUUAUAACUGAUUCGCCAAGAACUGUACCAAAAAAGACUGCAUCUAUACGUAGGCAAUUUGCCUCGCCCACUGCCGCCGCAGCAAGUAGUGGCAGCCCAUCGCCUGGCGAGCGUUACUCUGAGGACUCAUACUCUACACAGGACCGCCGAACUCCUGUAUCGAGUACAAGUGUUUGCGGCGGUGCAUCUCAUCAAAUACAACGUAGUUCCCCAAGUGGGAGUACAAUUCCUUCUCCCCUGCAGCACUACUACAUGUAUCCACCGGCGGCCCCGAAUGGCACUUCCAGUCCGGCCCCACACAGCUCCACAGUUUCACCAAACACAGUCAUGCCUGUUGGUCCUGGUACAACUAGUGCUGCCGCCGCAGUAGCAGCGGCAGCAUCGUACAUUCCAUCAGUAAUGUCGCCCGCCUAUAUGAAUCCCUAUUUCGCUUUGGCUGCACUACGGCAUACACCGCAAAUGUGGUCACAUUAUGGUGGUGCGUCGUUGCCUUUGCAUCUCUCCUCCGGCGCAUCCUCGGCUUCAGCGCGACUUUCACCGCCAGCUUUUCAUACUUUUGCUUACAAUGGUGUUAAUGCGGCGAUGGCAGCGGUAAUGCAACAGCAACAACAGCAACAACAAAUAUUGGCCACUUCAGCGCUAUUACAUGGGCAUAGUCUGAGCUGUGGACCGGCCCUUCCGACUCUUCAUCACACAGUCAACGCAUGUAGUGGCAGAUUGCAUUCACCGGCAACAAUGACUGAGCGAGCGGCUGAUUUAGCCGUUGGAAUAACAACAGAUAAUGCAACAGGUUUGGGUUUGAGUCAGGAAGAGAGGUCGGUAGCGGCUGCAGCUCCCCCAAUCUAUCUUAUUAGCAGCAAAGAAGAACAUAGUUCAGAUGUGCCGCUGAACCUGUCAAAGCAUUAAGUGCACUAUUUCAUAGCUAUGUAAGUUCCAUAUGUUUUGGCUAUUCACAAACUGACAUAAAGUAUUGUAAAGGGCAAAGGUGUAUAAAUAAUUGACAAAAUACCAUUUGUUUUUCAUCCGUUAAAACUUGUGCAAUACUUCGUAAAUCACUUUAGUUCUGAUAUUUACGGUUUAAAUUUUCAUGAAUGCCAAGAAAAAUAUAUGCAUAUAUACAAAGUAAAAAUUGUAGGCAGCGAGAGCGGAGGUCAUGAGUUGUCACUGCCCGACGAAAAACUGAAUCCAAGAAAAACAUUUAGCAAAUACUGGGACGGUUAAUAUUCACGAUGCAAAGAAACUAUAAAUAUAUGUCAAAGUGAAAUCUA